AUGUCUCGAAGAGAGGGUCGAACUGUAAACGGGGAGUACCCCAUUCCUCCGCCUAGCAAAUGUGCCAAAGUACUUUAUUACACAUGGAAGUUGUGUUCGGUUGUGUUUUCCCACUUCGUGAUGAUCAGCCUGGUGGUGGCCUACUGUAUCCUCGGCGCUGUCACUUUUGAGAGGCUAGAGGCGCAACACGAGAGAGACGUGAAGACAAAUAUAUCACACAUUCGCCGUAACACGACGCAGAGCAUCUGGACCAUGACGAGAACGGUCCCUCUACUCAACCAGACCAACUGGACUUGUGAGGUUGUUGAUAUGCUCAAGGAUUUCGAGAACGCCAUUUUACUGGAGAUGAAGGUACACGGCUGGGAUGGUAACGAGAGCAUCGAAUCCAUUCAGUGGACAUUUACUGGAGCGCUGUUCUACUCCAUCAUUGUCAUCACCACUAUCGGUAAGCGACCUAAGAUAGUAUAA